AUGCGCCUUUCAAACCUUUUUGUCUUUGCCCUCAGCGGCGCUUCGCUCGCCAUGCCCGUUGCGCAGGAGAAGCGGCAGAGUGCUGAGACGUCUGUCCAAACACUUUUGACGGACCUGUAUGCCACUGUUCAAAUUUACACCGGAGCUAUCAACGCAACCCUUGCCCCUCUCUCCCCUUCAUCCUCCAUCCUCGAAAAGACCGCGGCGAUCCCGGAAGUGGGAGCGCAAAUCAGCAAGAUCACAGCAGCCAUCACAUCAACCACGGCCUCGAUCAAGGAGCUCGCUCCCGCAAACGCCACGCAGCCCACCCUCUCCUCCCGCUCUGACUCUGACGUCCUUGGAGUCGCUCAGCACAAAGAAAAACGCCAGCUCAUCGCCGUCAGUGCUCUGCUCGCUCUCAUUAUCGUCGAGAUCUUUGCCACGGUUACAGCUGCAGUGGCGAUCUUGGGACUUGCUGGACUACUCGUGUUCCUGAACCCGCUGACGAGCGCAUUGAGUCUACUCAUCUUGGCGGUGCAGCUGGUCCUUGACGUGGUUCUUGUAAGCGUUAUUGCGUUGUUGAACAGUUUGUUGACAGCAUUGGCGUUGGGAGUCAGUGGGUUGUAA